GAGAGUGUCAGACCAUACUCAUCUCAUCUCCAUCAAACCUUUUGUGAAUUUUAUCAAUAUCCGUCGAGUACCUAUUCAAUACGAAAAUUCCGGGUAUAACUGCAUUGGCAAUGGCAAUGCCGCUACCGAGGACCCAUUAUUGUGAUUGUCAUCCCGAACCCCUUCACAUGAUGGCAGUACAAAACUCCAGAUCACCUUUCUUCUCACGGAAUCCAGUUAUCGUAGAGACAUCUGGACGGAACAGGUCUACUACCAACUUAUCCUUUUCCUAUUCGUUUAAGGAAUCGUUCGUUAUAUUUUGGGAGCAAAUCAUUAAGAUUCCCAUCACGACGUUCAAGUCUCGACAGAUUUUCCCAUUCCAUGGAAGAGUGAGGGAAACGUUACCCGUUCAAAGACAAGCAACCAAUGAAACGAUACGCAAUGACAACUAAUAUCAGCCCUUGCUCAUUCAAAAAGUUCAUCAGCCUUCCUGAAAUUUGUUUCCAUGGAAGAAAAAAAAACCAGAAAAAAAACCAUUUACAGAAUACUCUCAAUAAACAAAAAGUUCAGCCCUUUUAAGAGCUUAAAUUACAAAAAAGAAAGAAUGAAAAGAAACCCCUCUAAUCCUCUAAAAUUUGUUAUUCUUACUCACUUCACCACCCCAGAUCAACGGGAGCAGCUUCAUACUUCAUGGUGGAAACAAACCAAAGAAGGAGAGAAUCAAAUUUAAGAAAAGGAAGGACCUGCUGGGUUAACGACUAUAUGCCUAAGAGGGUGGUCGACAUUCAUGCCCCCGGCGUGCUUCACGAACUCUGCAGGUGACAAGAAGCUGCCAUGGCAAACACACAUUAUCCUAACCUCCUCUCCUCUGCCGUACUUGUACAGGAUGCCUUCUACUCGUCUCCCGUUCGGUCCGUCCCCUAUAGUGAACACACAAGGCAUGUCUUCCAUGGCGCUCGUCGUCCCAGCUUCCCUACCUCUCUUGUCCCCCGAAGAAGAGGCACCGGGGCUCUUAUGGUUGUUCUCGUGGUCUGGGACAGCGGCUCUGGUAGACUUUUCGGUGGUUGGUUUGGGGACUGAAGAACAUCCGGGCCGGUUUCGUUGAUCUUGCAAGGAUUGGUUGCUCAUCGGGCUUCUUGAUUCGCUGCCUGCACUGCCUGAUCCUGCAGUGCCAUAGAGAUGAGAAAGUGGAAGAAACAAAGGUUCCCUUUUUGGCACACAAGUCAUAUCAUAUCAUAGAUUUGGUACAGCACAAAGAGAAUAAGGUCAUCCACCUUAAGAGCAGAAUAAUCAGGUCGAUCUAGUAGAUCGUUGAAGUUAUACCAGCAUCUUUUACACUUCAGCUCAAAGUAAAAACGAAGUUGUUUUGGUACGAGAGCAAGUUCUAGAUUCACUUGCCAAAAGCACAUGGAUCAUGUAUGGUCUGAUAUUCCUAAUCAGACAUACUGCAACCCGACCAUUCAGUAACACACCUGUCGAAUUUUUAAAAUUUUCGCCUUCGUAUAUUCCUCAUAGGAGUAAAACAUUUGAGCAUGAGAAACAGAAUACACCAAGUAGUACCUACCUUUGCCUAGCUAUAGUCUGCAAGCAGACAACAAACACGAAAAAAUGAGCAAUAGUUAAGAGGAGCAGAUGCCUAGUCAUGAAUGAACUAUAGUUGAUUCAUUCAGGGUGUCUGAAUUCUAGAACAUUGGCCAGCCACAAUAUCAAAUUAGUUGGGAAUAAUUAGACCCUUCUAAGUCCCAACUAGGUGGCAGCGUUUUUGUACCUGGGCACUUCUAGUUCUAGUCUCCAGCGUGUUCUGGUAGAUUGUCCACAAAAGCGUCACAAUACCAACAUAGGUUCACAGCAAACGUAAGACGAAGAGAAGAAGCAAAUAAAAGUUUAGAUGCAACAAUUACAAAUCCUGGACACUAACGUAAAGCACAAGCAACCCCAUGCAGUACCUAUACGAUACUAACUAAUAAACAGUAGCCCAUUUUGAGCCACCAACAUUGUGGCUACUCACCAUCAGUUCAUUUCGAAGUAGUGCAAUGUCCUCUCGAGCCAAUUCGAAACACUUUAGUUAAGGAAGCUUAGCACAUCGAAAGCAGAUACUCUGCCCUAGAGGAAACAGAUUCAAGAUCUACUUGAAAGCACUUCUUAGAACCCUAUAAAUCAAUUGAUUUCAUUUGGUCUUUCACAUCACAACUCGAACGAUAAUUCGUCAUUGUGACCAACUAGGAUUCCGCCUUGGAUGAGCCCCAAAUCAAAGGUGCAAACUUUUUAGCCACAUUGUAAUGAGAGAAAAAAACAGAAGGUGCAAA